AUGGACUCCCCUCGAAACUCUGGUCUUGAUAACGGCAAGACGGUCACUCCGCCUGUCGGCUUCCGCCCUCAGAAUGCCGGCAUCAUCAAGGUGGAACCUCCGCGACGCGAAGAUCUACAGCCGUCGUAUGCACAAAUCCUCCAAGGCGACACUGAUGUCGAAACCCAUGGCUGGUACGGAUCGAUGAUCAACUCACUCGGCAACUGCAUUGGCUUCUGCGGUGCCAUUCCCUGCUGCAUCAUCUGCCCCAAUCCAUACAAGCCAGUGUCGCAAGGUAACGUCGGCUUGGUCACCAAGUUCGGUCGGUUCUAUCGUGCCGUCGAUCCGGGUCUGGUGAAGAUCAAUCCUCUGUCCGAACGCCUCAUUCAAGUGGAUGUCAAGAUUCAAAUCGUCGAGGUCCCCCGUCAAGUGUGCAUGACAAAGGACAAUGUCACCCUCAACCUGACCUCGGUCAUCUACUACCACAUUACCUCUCCUCACAAGGCAGCAUUUGGUAUUUCCAACAUCCGGCAGGCGUUGGUGGAGCGCACCCAGACCACGCUGCGUCAUGUGGUGGGCGCCCGCGUUCUGCAAGAUGUCAUUGAGCGCCGCGAAGAGAUCGCCCAGUCCAUCGGGGAAAUAAUCGAGGAUGUCGCAUCGGGCUGGGGUGUUCAGGUCGAAUCCAUGUUGAUCAAAGACAUCAUCUUCAGCAACGACCUGCAAGACUCCCUGUCCAUGGCCGCUCAAUCCAAGCGGAUCGGUGAAUCCAAGGUCAUUGCGGCUCGUGCAGAGGUCGAAUCCGCCAAACUCAUGAGACAAGCUGCCGACAUCUUGAGCUCCGCGCCCGCCAUGCAAAUCCGAUACCUCGAAGCCAUGCAGGCCAUGGCCAAGACCGCCAACAGCAAGGUCAUUUUCCUGCCUGCCACCAACCAGACCAUGCCUACCAACAUGGCGGAUCUGCAGUUACACAGUGGCGGCGAACCCAGUGGAUCUAACUCCAAGCAAAACACCGGCAGUGCUUUCAACAUGGACACCAAUGAUGGAUUUCAGCAAGCCAUGAAUGCGAGAGUCAUUGAGAACAUCUAA